UACACAAACAUGGCGGCGCCCAGGACCCCCCCCGACCCCGUCCCAGAAUGCACCGGGGGCAAGUGCAGCCAUCCGGACUGUCGGGAAGAUGGCGUCCUCUGGGGCGGAGCUGCAGAUCCUAGUACAGUAUUUGGUGUUACGAAAAGAUUUAUCGAAGGCUCCGUUCUCCUGGCCCGCGGGAGCGUUGGUAGCGCAAGCUUGUCACGCUGCUACCGCAGCUUUACAUCUUCACCGCGACCACCCGCACACCGCCGCCUACCUCCGGGAGCUGGGGCGCAUGCGCAAGGUGGUCCUCGAGGCCCCAGAUGAGACCACACUGAAGGAGCUGGCUGAGACCCUGCAACAAAAGAACAUUGACCAUAUGCUGUGGCUUGAACAGCCAGAGAACAUCGCCACUUGCAUAGCACUCCGGCCAUAUCCCAAGGAAGAAGUGAGCCAGUAUUUGAAGAAGUUCCGAUUGUUUAGAUGAUUGCUACUUUGGCAUAUGUGAAUAUCAGCUGGGUCUAAAAGUAGAAUACCAUCCAUCCCAAAGCACCAUGUGUUUCCUUUUAAUGUUGACUUGCUUUUACCUCUCAAUUACAACUGUCUCUUGAGAGUCGAAACACGUGUUUGGAUUAAAAUCAUCAUUAAGAAUUUC